AUGGUUAUCACACUUAGAUCCCUCUUGAAAACAAUUUGGACGCACGGAAAGAAACAUACUGGCGUUGGGCUGGUAUGUUCAGUAGCGUAUUUUGAUCCAGGAAACUGGGGGGUCGACCUGCAAGCAGGCUCGUUGUUCGGCUAUCGGCUGCUUUUUGUGGUCCUCCUUUCUGGCCUAAUCGCUGUGUUCUUCCAGGUGUUGUCUCACCGACUUGGAUGUGUUUCUGGCCUCGACCUGGCUUCGCACUGCCGGGUUAUGUUGUAUCCCCGCGCAGUAACCCGGUACUCACUCCUUUACCCCCUCUACAUUCUGGCGGAAUCGGCCAUCAUAGCCACUGACCUUGCGGAGCUGCUCGGGUCCGCGAUUGCGCUGUGCCUGCUUUUCCCCGCCCUCGAAAUAUGGCAUGGCGUGCUCAUCACCGCGUUCGACGUUCUUCUCAUCCUCGCCCUUGGCGAUCCGCUCGGAGGAAGGCCGGCCCGCAUCUUUGAGAUUAUUAUCGCCAUUCUGGUGAUUGCUGUCCUAAUUUGCAUGUGCAUCAUCAUUGCCCGCGUCCACGUUGACUGGCCUCUCGCUUUCCUUGGGUAUGUCCCGUCAAAAUACAUACUCAAGGAUGGUGCAUUAUAUACGUCGGUGGGCAUCAUAGGAGCGACAGUCAUGCCGCACAGUCUCUUUUUAGGCUCGGCACUAGCCACUCAGGACCGUGUAUCAGAUCCGACCGAGUCUCUCGACCCGAUGGAGAAGCCAGAGAGCUUGAAUUUUAAACAACGGAUCCGGUCCGCCUUCCGUAUCCUACCUAUGUCCCCACCACAAACACCGACAGGCAAUCCACUUUCGUUCGUCAAGAUACAUCUGUACCAUGGCAUUGUCGAUGUUGUCCUCUCCCUCCUUGGUUUCGCGAUUGUCAUCAACUCCCUCAUCCUCAUCCUAUCAGGUGCCACCCUCCCUUCCGCCAACUCUGCUUCUCUAUUUGAGGCGUAUGACCUCAUCCGUUCUGCAGUCUCCCCUUCAGCUGCCAUCCUCUUUGCUGUCGCACUCUUGUUCUGCGGCCAAUCUUCUUCCCUCAUCGCCACCGUCGCAGGUCAGGCCGUGUCCGAGGGAUUUCUUAGCAUUCGCUUGUCACCGUUGUUCAGGCGUCUCCUCACGAGACUAAUGUCUCUCAUUCCGGCACUCACUGUUGCCAUAGCCAUAGGCAAACCCGGGAUUAACGCUCUUCUCGUCGCAUCCCAAGUCGUUCUGUCCAUCGUUCUACCCUUCAUUGUCUUUCCCCUUUUGUGGUUGACCAGUAAUAAACGUGUCAUGUCCGUGCAGGGUGAAGAUGGGAGCUUUGUAUGUUUUGGUAACAGUAUUUUCACUACUUUGUUGGGUGCAGCGGUCUGGCUUCUCAUUGUCAUAGCGAAUGUUUAUGUUCUUGUUACUCUGGGGAUGGGAACUUCAUAA